CCUCUUUUUUGAGGUUGAUCUUAUACGCCAAAAAAAAUGGUAGAUAGAAUUUUCUCUUUAAUUAGAACAAUCAAUUUGCCAUCUCUUCCAUUUCCAUUGCCUCCACCAUCUGUUCUUCCAUUGUGGGAAUUAAUGAGUCCUUCCAUUUAUGUGUAUAUAAGUUAUCACCAUUGUCAACAUGUAUAAAACAAAGUUCCAAAUUUUCUUUCAAGCUCUGUGAAUUGGUUUUUUUAAAAACUUUGUUGUACUCUGCCCAGAGUCACUUGUUUUGUGAGAUAAGCGCUUAUAUAUAAUUGAACAAUAAAUAAAAAUGUUUACAUUCUUAUGAAGCUUCAUCACAAACUGAAAUUGCCUAAGUAAAUUAUUAUGGAAAAAAGCAUAAGAGAAGCAAGCUUACAAAUUAAUGUUUUCCUUUUCAGAAGUGGAGACAGAUAUAUGUGGAAAUAUGUGAAAAAGUUACAGUGGCUGCAAAACCACAGUUCAGUGACACGGAGAGUAGAAAACAUUUUUCAGGAAAUGAUGUAGCAUAAAUAGCAUUCAGGCAGAGCUGAAGGUUCAUAUACUGUGGCCUCAUAUUUAAUCAUAAACUUGAAUUAAGAAAAUGCUUUUUUGAUGUUGUCAUAUUGCAAUAUGCCCAAACAAACUGUAUUGCGGUUUAAUAUUCAUCCAACAUGCUAAAGCAAUGACUGAAUUUCCACAGUAUGAUGAAACACAGAGCUCCAUUUUAGUCUAGAUUAGCAUAUUAUAAGACACCCCCUCCCCCAACUGUGGAAUAGAUGAUGGAAGCAAUGGAAGCAAUCUUUCUUCAUUCAAUUUAAAAAUAGUACAUUUGACUUUUAUGGAACUCUUGCCUGUUUUGCAAAUGGAAGCAAACACACUUGAGGUAAAACAGAGAAUUGUUUUCAUGCUUUUCAAUCAACUGAUUUGAUCAUGUUGAAGAGGUUUUGAAUUUAAAAGUCUAGGCUUCUUUGGCUGACUUUCUCCCUCUGAUAAAACAUAGAAGCCAGAUAUCUUGGCCACAGGCCUUCAGCCCUAACUCUCUGAGACAUCAUUCCCUUCCCAAACAAUGAUGCCCCAGAAGCUCUGAAUUUGGUGCCUUUCAUAUUCAUCAAUUAGAUCUUUCAUGUUUUUUUAAUUGUUUUCCUCCUCAGCUAGACUGUAAAACAGACUUGGCUUCUUGAGUAAACAAAAGCUGAGUUUUUUUCUUGAAAGUCCUCUAGAGAAAAUUGGUAAAGAAUCUGAAGAAGAGAGGAAUCACUGAAUCCUGGUCUCCAUUUAUACUUAACUGUAACAUAAAGUCAUCUUUCUUCUUUGUCUCUAUGAUAUUGCCAUAUUUCACGAGAAGAAUGCCUUCUAUUAUCAUUAUCUGUACUGGUUUAGAAAAAGCAUUUACCAAAACUAGUAAAAUCUGUGAUUUUUCAUUUUCCAUUAUCUUAGAAGCCAACUCAAAUGACCAAUAGUGGAUGUGACCAGCAAGGAGUCAAGAGAACAAAGAUCAAUGGCUGCUUCUCUCCCAUCUUUCAGACUGAAACCCCAAAGGAUGCAAUGAGUGAUGAUGUUAUCCACAGGAUUCCUGUUGCGCCUAGACUUGCAAAAGAGUUACUGCAACCACAGGUGAUGCCAUGGAAGUCUCCUCCCCACGCCAAUUUCCUGACACCUUUCUUAGCAACUGAUCUAUUCCUGCACUGCUAAGAAGAGUGGAGGUUUUACUACCAAAGACAGUAGAUGCACAGUAUCUGCCCUCCCCACCGCCCUUGCUCGUUCUCCUACAUGGCUACACUCAAGAGCAUUCUCUAAGUAGAUGGCUCUCGGAGAAGUCAAGCUAUAGAUAGAACAGCUGCUUCUGGUGAUUUCCAAGAAGUCCUUUCCGAAGCCCAGAAGAUUGUGGAUUCUUUAUCAGACGCUCAGAUGGGCUCCCAACCAAAUGAACAUCUUAUAUUCAUAUUAUCUCGGCUCCUGUCAGCUUUCAUCAUUCUGGCCAAUGUUUUCAUUAUAUUUGGGAUCCUGUUUAAUCGCAAGCUCCAUGGAACCAUCAACUGGUUCUUCCUGAGUCUGCUCAUUGCUGACCUCUUGGCUGCGGGAGCUCUUCCCCAUGUCUUUCAGAAGGAUCAUGUGAGCUAUUCGUGCUUAGCACGUUAUGUUGUGCCCAAUUUCCUUUUUCUCUCUUUUUUAGCCAAUCUGCUGGUGAUGCAUUAUGCUAAAUAUACAUGCAUCAUCCAACCACUGCACUACCGCCAGUCCUGGGUUUAUCGCUGGUCUGGUCUUUACAUAUGCUUAGCAUGGGUGUCUCCCUUGACUUUUGCUUCCAUGCCAUUGGCUUGGUACCAAGGGAAUUCCAGUCAGAAGUGCUCUGCUGAACAAGUCUUAACGUUGCCUUACCUCUUUGUAGAAACCUAUGUGUUCAUCAUCCCAAUCAUCUUUGCAAUAGCUGUAAUGGGUAUCCGAAUACUCUGUAUAGCCAGAAAGCAGCUUAAAAACAUUAAAAAACUGCUUAAUUCAGUGAAUCAAAGUCAGACCCCAUCGGAAUUGGAACAACAACUGGAACUGAGGCAUGCAAAGAGUAUCGCCAGUGUCUCUCUCAUCUUCCUGGUCUGCUGGGUGCCAUAUAUUGUUUGUUUGAAUAUCUCACUACAUUUAGAAAUAAAAGGUAAUAGCACUCUUGCUAUUGUUAUCUGCAUAGGAACUGCCAGUGCUGCUGUAAUACCCAUCAUCCUCAGUCUUGGCAAUCAUCAAUACAUCGAAUUUUGGAGUGACAUGGCCAUGAAAGCCUAUAGAACCUGCUGCCAAAGACAGGGGUGCAAACAAAAACAAAAUAAUCAGCCCCGCGGCAAUAAUACAGAAAUUCCUACAAUUGCAGACUGAUGCUUUGCAGUGGGAAGUCAUCGAAUCCCUCAUCCAGCCAUUUAGCAGCACAAAUGCUUCAAUCUUCUCCCUUCCGCUUGGAAUGAAAUGGGAAUGUGUGCUUCCAUUCAUGGUUUCCCAUAACUUAGAUCAGAAUUCUGCUGUUUGUUGGGGAUCUAAUGCCAUUCAAAAGUUCAGCUAAAUAUAGUAAGGACAUUUCUUUUUCUUUUCCUUGCUGGCAGUCCUGGGAACACAAAGAAGGUUGGAAUGCCUUGAAACACAUUAACUUUGAUUUGCUAUCAAAAAAUGGAGAAGUUGAAAAACAAUGAACAGUUGGGAAUAGAUUCUCGUACACAGCUCUAUUCCUGAAUUCCCCUCCUCCUGAAUCCCUGCCUUCUAGACCUGCUGCUUACAUUAACCCCCCUUUCUCCUGACAUGGAAAAAAGUCCCUGGUUUUCCAUUAUAAUAAUGUCAGAAUAGAAGAUAACACCUGAAUUUCAGCAGCCUUAGCUAUAAUCCUUGUUCCUUAAAUUCCUUGCAGUGCAAUUGAAGGAUAUUGGGAAGCCAUUGGGACAUUUGUAUAUCAAGUAGGCUGGAUUUACAAUGAACCAUAGGUUCAUAUGAAUAUGUGAAAUGGGAUCACAAGCAGAGUAACCAAAACCAAAUACUGACCGCAUUCUAAAAUCAAAUCCGUACAAUGUAAGUUAAUCUCUGUUGAAAAGAUCUAGAUUCAUUCAUUAUGAAGGCAUGCAAGUACAUAAAUAAAUCAUUUCCCAUUAUCUUGGCCUUGGCUGCCUCUCACAACAACCCCAUGAGAUAGACAAGGCCCAAUUAUUCACAUGUUUACAGAUAAGGAAAACUACACUGAGGCACACUCCCAUUUUCCUGGUAUUCUCAACAUCAUCAAUAACAACACAUGCCCCCCUCUGUAGUAGAGGUCUGUAGUUGAUACCUGAGACUUUAAGGGCCGAAACAGAUGAGGAAGGAGCUAAUCCUAUUUCAGCAAAUCUGAAUUCUUGGAUCAACCCUGAGCAGAAAACUCCCAACUCAAGGCUGGGAAGAGAAUGGACAAAUGUUCACUGAUUGAAAAUACUAAGAUAAAAAGCUUAAGAAUUUAUACCUUAUAAAGCUAAUACUGUAUGCUAGGCUUCUUUGUUGUGUCCUGCCAUAAUUAACUCUUCAUUAUAAAUACCAGUUUUUGUUGGCAAUAAAAGAAUUUUUAAAACUG